AUGAGCAAGGACGUUUAUAUGGAAACCACCCAUGAUAAACAUCACGACCUACAUCAUCAUGAUCACCAUUUGCACCAUGAUAUUGAGGAACUUUUAAGCAGCGCAGAACCCAGCCAGACGAGUCUUCGGAACAUUGCCAUGAAAACACUCAUCGCGUUCGCCGCCUUCAUCGUAAGCUGUGUGCUGAUCGGGGUUCUGUUCUUCUUCCUCUUCGGCACCGGGGAGCGAGCAGCGCAUCAGAAGGCUUUGCAAGACGCCCACAAACCA